GAACAAGAUGGAGUCGCAGGUAGUGUUGUCCGAAUACAAAAAUUAUAAUUAAAUUACGAGUUAUUUGAUUUAUACGAUGUUACACCUCCUACGAUCUUACCCCAAUGCGUCUUACAUACCAUGGUUAAGUGGAAAACUACAAAAACACAUAUAAAUAUAAGUUUAAGAAGUAUUUAAAAAUGACUCUUUAUGUGAUUUGUAAAUAUAAAUAUGUUUUGUUGUUAAUAUUCAAUACAAACAAACCCGUUUUUAAGUGAACAUUAUAUCUAACCUCACAAUUUUGCUUUAAUAAAAAUAAACAACUGACUCCUAUAUAAAAAAGAACAUUAUUAUGGCCACGCCGCCCAUCAGUAAUAAUCGUCCAGAAACCAUAUUUCAUAUAAUUUUAUUAUUUAUAUAAUAAAAAUAUACUUAUACUUAAACAAAUUAUACGUGGGGAAAGUUUAUAUUUUUAUUCACAUCGUGGCUCUUGUUUCGGUUUUGUGGUGCCACCUAUAGUUCGUGCGCGUUACCUUUACUUAAUAAUAAUACACACAUUCACAAGUGACAAGCCAUAAUCUGUGUAAUGACGUGUGCGCCGAGCGCUGCAGACAUAGUCAUGAGUCAGUAUUCAGUAACCAGCGCAAGCGAGCGCGGACCGGUCGCUGUGCCCCGCUAUGUCUGUCCCGCCGCCUGGACCUCGCUCGCGACACUCACAUUACUACUUUCUACACCAAUCGUGAUAAUAUUUGGAACGCAGUGAGACAUAAUGUACCCAUUGUGUACAAGAUACUCUCCGGUGAUGUGCCUUUGGUAAUAAUUACCGGGUGGUGGCGUUUUGUGUUUUUCCCAGUUCUUUUCCUCAUACGCGAUCAGUGGCGCGGUGCGUUUCCUCCCGCAAUUUAAUAACAAGUUUUAUCUUGAGUCGGAGAGCACCGACUUACGAAUAUAUUGUGAACGUGGUGUGGCGUCGUGAUGCACGCCCGAUGCUGGUGGUGCGUGGUUCUGGCCCUGGCGCUGGUGCCUGUGCUGGCAAGGACCGACGCAGGCAAGCUGCGGCCCGAGUGCGCGCCCGCCGCACACUGCACUUACGAGGGCGAAGGUGCCUUGGGCGAGUUCUUCUACAAGGUGUCAGGUGAUCCGGUGAUCAUUAACUUCCGCGAUGGAGCACACUUUCAAUUAGCAUGCAAGUUCACGAAGAUGGAUUACCUGCAGCUGCCACGGUUCCCGAUAGUUGUGCGAGUGGAUAGCGUGACUUUCUCGAAAUGUAUUCCACCAAACAGCGGCUCCUUCGCUGCCGCAGCUGCAGCUCUCAACGUGACGGAUUUUUCGCGGCUCACAAUCGAUACAUUGCCGACAAAUGCGGUAAUAACGCACGAGCACCUUGCCGGCUUGCAACGACUGACGAAACUCGUAAUAUUAGGCAAGAACAAUGCGAGCCUCGCCCCGGGCGCCCUGGCCGCACUCUCCGUAGCGCCCGCGCUUCACACCCUGCACCUGAACUCGGUGCACACACCUGCCGCCGACCUGCUACGUCUGCCGCAGUCAUUACAAAAGCUCUUACUGUGGGAUGUGGACGCUGUCAGUGGGUAUUUUCAAUGGUUACCAAAUCUGACCUCGUUGGAUGUAAGCGAAAAGUAUCCGAUCGCCCUGGACGUGAGCAACAACACCGCGCUAAAAACGUUAUCUGUGAUAGCACCGGAUACUGUGAUUUCUGAAAACGCACUACCGCCGACACUUACUAAACUCAUACUGCUCAAUUGGAAUGACACGAAGCCGAAGCCGAAGACGCGUUGUGCGCAACUCGAGGUCCUGAUGCUGACCGGCACCGACAAUGAAAGAUAUCCGGUGUCUCUGCCGGACGAGUGGUUGUCCAGCUGCAUCAGGCUGAGGGAGCUGUACGUGAAUCAUGUGCCGAUUCGCGACGUGCUGCCGGCGCGGCUGCUGGCGAAUGCGACUGCGCUGCGGAAUAUUUCAAUGCAUCACUGCGGCGUGACCGCGCUGCCGCAGACACUGUUCGACGACACGCCGAACCUUGUCACGCUCGACCUGUCCUAUAACAACAUCGCAUCGUUGCCCAGCGGACUGUUUCUGCAUGUCAAGUCGCUGAUCUCACUGAACCUGUCGCACAACCUGCUAACGCAGGAGGUGGCGGGGUCGCUGUCUGCCGUCUACUCGCUGCAGACUCUGCGCCUCAAUAACAACCCUGGAAUCGGCGACCUUUGCAGUGGCGGCAGGGACUUCAUCACGGUGUCAGCAGGUACCUCGGCACUGAGUACAUUGACGGCGCUGCGCGAUCUAUAUUUGAGCCACACGAACGUGUCGCAUGUGUGCUCCGACUGGCGCGAGAAGCUACAGAACCUCAUGUGGCUAGACUUGAAAGAUACCGCGAUCACCAUCCUCACUUACGAUGAUAUGAAGUUCCAGCGUGUGGUGGACGGCGCCAAGGUGAGGCUAGGCGGCGGUGGCGCGUACGAGUUGCGGUAUCAGCGCGAGGACCUUCGAAAAGUAAAUGCAAAGAGCGCCACUAAGACUUCCAUUACUUUAGACGGCUCGUUGGUAUGCGACUGCAACACAUACUGGGCAGCACUGGCAUUCAGCAUGAAUCCCUCGCAUGCAAAUUAUGAACCGCAAUGUGAUGGUAAACCUCUCGCUAGUGUGGAUCUCGACAGGCUCACUUGCGAUGACACGAGCGAGGAGUGUGCCGCGCUGCCAGCCAACUGUACGUGUCGCAAGCGCGACGAUAUCGAGCACGGCUCGGUCGUCAUCGUGCGGUGCGUCGGACUCACAGAGUUCCCGCGCCUGCCGCGCCAGCCGGACGCCACUCACAAGUGGCGUCUGCACCUCGCCAACAACAACAUAUCGCACAUCGACGCGGCUGACAUCUUGGAGAACAUCGUGGAACUCGACCUACGGAACAAUUUCAUCAGGAGAGUGGAUGGCGCGACAGCGACGAAUCUGACGUCCGUCCUGCAGCUGCAGCUCGCCGGAAACCCUCUCGAAUGCGGCUGCGAGGCGUACACGAUGCUGAGGGCGUUGCUCGAAGCCAAGUCAUUGGUCGACAAAAAAGACGUUAGAUGCAACGGCACUGGCCAAACAUUGACCGCAGUGACGCCGACGCCGUGUCCGGUGCAAGGAACUAUGUCGGUGCACCAGUUGGUACUCCCGCUGGUACUUCCGCUGGUGGUGUUGCUGGCCAUCGUGAUACUUGCGUACGGUUUCAUCACCCGACCCGCAACACGUUUAUGGAUCAAGUUGUUACUUAUGCGGCUCGGCUGGAUGCCACGACGAUUUGAGCCGGCGGAUGAAGACCGCCUGUACGACGCAUUCGUGUCAUUUGCACACGAGGACGAGGAGCUCGUGGUAGAGCAACUAGCGGCGCGGCUCGAGAGCGGCCCGCAGCCAUACCGGCUGUGUCUGCACUACCGCGACUGGGCGCCGGGCGAGUGGAUCCCGGCGCAGAUAGCGGCGUCGGUGCGCGCGUCGCGGCGGACCGUGGCGAUCGUGUCGACGCACUACCUGCAAUCGGACUGGGCGCGCGCUGAGUUCCGGGAAGCGACCGCGGCCUCGCUGCGGGACGGCACACCGCGGCUCGUCGUUGUGCUACUGGACGACCCCGACCGGCUGAUGCUCGAGGCCGACGCCGAGCUAAGCGCCUACGUGCGCCACAAGGUGUACGUGCGGUGGGGUGACCCCUGGUUUUGGGAGAAGAUGAAGCAAGCGUUGCCACUACCGCGAGGACGCCAUCAAAAGAAGGCCCUCUCGUCCACCGCGCCUGUCCCAGACAUCUCGCUCACGCAGGCGAGCCGGGAGACUGUCCCCGCUCCGGCCCCCGUGCCGGCGUCUCACUCAAAAGACUUCGACAAGCCACUGCCGCACGUGACUCCGUGCUCUGCUUGAAUUGUUUUUGCGUGACGCGUGAUCCGCGGUGAAAGGUGCCGUAUAUGCCACUGCCAAGUGUCCAUUAGUACUCGGUAUAAUCAUCAUUUUUCAGAAUACAUUAAAUCCACCUCGCCGACAUCUAGUCACGGUAUUCAAUCGAUGUGCUUUUCGUGCAAUUUUUUUAAAUAUAAUGCGUUUGUCGUCUUUAAGACCGCAAGGGUGUUAUAAUAAUAUAGAUUAUUGGCGUUAUCCUCAACAUAUUCAAUUAACGUUAGUAUAGUCCUAGCGGUGCAAUUAUAUUUAAAAUUAAUGCCGACAUAAUGCAAAUAGAUGCAAAUAAUAAAUAUGUAAUCAUUAUUUGUAAUAGGUAAGCGUUCAGGUACGAUUAGCGACUGACGCGUGUUCCGUAUAAUUUUAAUAUUGAACUAAAAAACAGAAACACUCGAUGUAGUACGUUAUUUAAAGUAGCGAGUUUUAUCCACAAAGGUAAUAUUCAUAUUAUACAAUAGGCUCAGGUCCGGAUCUACCUAAGGGCUGCUUGGGCUGCAGCCCAGGGCCCCGAGGUUACAAGGGGCCCCAGACCCC